UCCAAAAAUCUUGAACGGCUCUUCAUCUCAGACCUGUGACUACACCUCGUCCCCUCCGCCCCCAACCAAAUCCUAACCUAACCCCUCAUUUCAUUUCCUCUCAAAAACAGUUUCUUCCAAUCUCUCUGUAAAAAAUGGCACUAACAGCAGCAACAGCCUCCCCAAUCAUGGCAAAAUUGCUAACAACAGCCGCAUCCACAACAAGAAUCUCAACAUCAUCAAUCAGAUUCUCACCAAAACACCUAUCCUCUUCAAAACUCACCUUCAAAUCCACCUUCUCCUUCUCAUCAACAAACAAACCCCAAUCCCAAAGAUUCAGCACUUCAAGUAUCAAAGCAACAAUCUCCACCGGCGAUAAACUACCUGAAUCGACACUCUCUUACUUCGAUUCCGCCGGAGAGUUACAGACAACCACCGUCUCUGAACUGACUAAAGGAAAGAAGGCUGUGUUAUUCGCCGUCCCCGGUGCGUUUACACCGACGUGUUCGCAGAAACAUUUACCCGGAUUUGUUGAGAAAUCGGGUGAGUUGAAAUCUAAAGGUGUUCAUACGAUUGCUUGUAUUAGUGUGAAUGAUGCGUUUGUGAUGAAGGCUUGGAAGGAGGAUUUGAAGAUUGGUGAUGAGGUUUUGUUGUUGAGUGAUGGGAAUGGUGAUUUUACUAGAGCACUUGGUGUGGAGUUGGAUUUGAGUGAUAAGCCUAUUGGGUUGGGUGUUAGGUCAAGGAGGUAUGCUCUUCUUGCUGAUGAUGGUGUUGUUAAGGUUUUGAAUUUGGAAGAAGGUGGAGCUUUUGAGAAUAGUAGUGCUGAGGAUAUGCUCAAAGCUCUCUAAAUCUAAUGGAAGUGGAACAGAUGAUUUUGGUGAGAUUAUCUUUAUUGAGUUUUAAUUUGUGGUGAAAAUUAGGGUUUAUGUUUUUUUGUCUUGUUAUGGGAGUAGGGUUCUUGAAUUGAAUAAGAUUUUGGAUUAUGAUAACCAUGUCUUUGUAAGAAAUCCUUGUGUUUUCUUGUUGAAUUUUGAAAAGAUGGUUAUGAAAAUCUAUGAAAUUGCAUUGCUUAAACAUA